AUGUUGUCCAAGAUUCUCAUCAGUGCCCUCGCCUCGGGUGCUCUCGCAGCCACCCAAGAUUCUCUUCCCUACGCCAAUGACCCCAAUCGAUGCGACACAACCUGUCAACUCGGAUAUCGCCAGGCUCUGACUGGUGAGAGCAAUCUUUGGGUCAACCAGAAUGUCUCAACCGACCCUUUCUACUCCAACCCCGCCAACAUGUCGGACUAUGCCGCCGGUGAUCUCGUCAAGUGGGAGGAAAUCCCAUCUAUCGAGACUACCAGGCGAUGGACUAUCCCUGGAAGUGUCACCUUGAACCGAUACUUCUACAUGACAGAGGACAUCAACGGAAAGCCUAUCCCAGCCACUGGAUUCGUCAUGAUUCCUUACUCCAACCCUCUUGGAAACGACAAGCCUUUCCGCACUCUCGUCUGGACCCACGGAACAGCAGGCGGAACCCGACAGUGCGCCCCUACCAACCACCGCGGUCUGUACUACGAGUGGCAGGCCCCCUUUGAGCUUGUUCUCCAAGGAUACGUCGUCAUUGCUCCUGAUUACGCUGGUCAAGGCAGUGAUAUUCCUGAGGGCUUCAUGUACGAGUCCGGUGCUCUCCACGCCGGAGAUGUCAGUUUCGGUCUUCAAGCCGCUCGCAAGGCUCUCGGUAACAAGAUCACCAAGGAAUGGGUUGUCAUUGGUCACAGCGAGGGUGGCAUGACUGCAUGGCGCACUGACGAGCGAGAGGCCAUGGAAGGCAAGGCUACCGGUGGAUUCCUCGGUGCUGUCGCCAUGGCCCCCGCGCUCCAGCCCAUCAAGCUUAUUCCCGAGUCUUUCCGCCGUGCCGGUGACGGUCCCGCCGGAGAUGUUGUAUCCAUCUUCCUCCUUCAGUCUCUCUCUCGCCUGUAUCCUGAAAUCAAGGUUGAGGAUUACGCCACCGACAUUCUCAUGAGCCGUAUUCCUCUCGCCGACCAAGGCUGCCUCGCCACCGGAGGUUCUCUUUACGGAAACCUGACUGUCAAGGAACUCUACAAGAACACCAGCUGGGUCGAGCACCCCGCCAUGGUUGACUGGCAGAAGCGCUUCAACGGUGCUGGUUCUCACAAGCUCGCUGCUCCCAUGCUCGUCGUGCAGGGCGAGGCCGACAUUCUUACCUACGCCAAGUACGCCGUGGAGGAUUUCGACGCCAAGUGCAAGGAGUUCCCCGAGUCCACUGCCGAGUACCGAUCUUACCCUGGUCUUGACCACGGUGCUGUGCUCCAUGCUGCCAAGGUCGACUACCUUCCCUGGAUUGCGGAUCGCUUCAACGGUGUCAAGAUUGCCAAGGGAUGCAAGAAGGUCGAGGUCAAGCCUGCUACCGACAGAUUUUCCCUUGUUACCCAGGACUGGAUGGCGCUUAUCCGAUAA